ACUCGGAUCAGCUAACCGACAGCUCUCCCGUCCGUUUCCUUCCACUAAAAGAUGGAAAGAUCAAGAUCCAGGAUAUUCAAGGAAGGUAAUCGAAUGUAGCCGUUUACAAACGACAACCAUUCCGUAAUUCUAAAGGGAAAGAUCAACUUCAGGGAUAUCCAAAGCAGGACCUUGUCUCUGAGCUUUCGCAUUAUAUAUAUAUGGAGAGGCCACUUUUGGGCGGGGAGAGUAGCAGGACUAGUAGAAGAGACCGGCCGUUCAAUCGUCGCUCCGAUGCCAUCGCUUACGGUUCGCCUUAUGAGAAGGCCGCCGCUCUCGUUGAUCUGGCUGAAGAUGGAGUUGGUAUACCUGAGGAAAUUCUUGAACACUCUAGCUUUCAGAGUGCUGCGAAAUUCUACUUCAUCUUUGUUCGCUUUGAUCUCCUUUGGACACUCAAUUAUUUUGCAUUGAUUGCAUUAAAUUUCUUUGAGAAACCAUUGUGGUGUCAAAAGGAUCCUUCUGAUCCUUGUAAGGAUAGGGACUACUACUAUCUCGGGCAGUUGCCAUACUUUACUGCCACAGAGUCUCUUAUUUAUGAGGGAGUAACUAUUGUUAUACUUGCUAUCCACACACUGUUUCCAAUCUCAUAUGAAGGAUCCCGUAUCUACUGGAAAAAUCCUCUUAAUCUAUUAAAGGUCUUUGGCCUGUUAAUUUUGGUUGCUGAUCUAGUGGUUUAUGGUCUCUAUUUGUCUCCAGUGGCAUUUGAUUCGCUACCUUUCAGGAUUGCACCUUAUAUCAGAGUUAUUUUUUUCGUAUUAAAUAUUAGGGAAUUACGAGAUAGUGUCCGAGUUCUUGCUGGAAUGCUUGGCACAUACUUGAAUGUCUUGGCUUUAUGGCUCUUGUUUCUUCUGUUUUCCAGCUGGGUGGCUUAUGUCAUAUUUGAAGACACCCAGCAGGGGAAAAUGGUUUUUACUUCCUAUGGUACUACAUUGUAUCAGAUGUUUGUUUUGUUUACCACAUCCAACAACCCAGAUGUCUGGAUACCUGCAUACAUGCAAUCGCGCUGGUACUCGCUGUUCUUUGUACUUUAUGUACUAUUGGGAGUCUACUUCGUCACAAACUUGAUCCUUGCCGUUGUUUAUGACAGCUUCAAAGGUCAGCUGGCAAACCAAGUUUCUGAUAGGGACAGUAUGAGGAAAAAGAUGCUGGGAAAGGCUUUCAAUCUUAUUGAUAAGCAGAAUGUUGGAUUCCUUAAUAAGGAGCAAUGCAUUCAACUAUUUGAAGUGUUGAACAACUACAGGACUUUGCCAAAAAUAUCAAGAGAGGAAUUCGAGUUGAUAUUUGAUGAACUGGAUGAUAGUCAUGACUUCAAGAUCAACUUGGACGAAUUUGCUGACCUUUGUAAUGCUAUUGCCCUCAGAUUCCAGAAGGAGGAUUCUGCAUCAUGUUUUGAAAAUUUUCCAUCGGUAUAUCAUUCACCGUUAUCAGAAAAGCUAAAAGCCUUUGUACGCAGCUCCAGAUUUGGAUACUUAAUAUCCUUCGUUCUCGUAGUGAAUCUUGUUGCUGUUAUUAUUGAGACAACGCUUGAUAUCGCAAACAAUUCUGCUCAGAAGGUGUGGCAAGUUGUGGAGUUUGUUUUUGGUUGGAUAUACAUGCUUGAAAUGGCUUUGAAGGUGUAUGCAUUUGGAUUUGAGAAUUAUUGGAGGGAUGGUCAAAAUUGUUUUGAUUUUGUGAUCACAUGGGUUAUAGUUAUUGGAGAAACCAUAACAUUUGCAUCCCCUAAGGGGCUGACCUUUCUUUCAAAUGGAGAAUGGAUUCGCUACCUUCUUCUCGCAAGAUUGUUAAGAUUAGUCCGGCUUUUGAUGCAUGUCCAACGGUACCGGGCUUUUGUUGCCACAUUCUUAACCCUCAUUCCAAGUCUAAUGCCAUAUCUGGGCACCAUUUUUUGUGUCAUGUGUAUAUACUGCUCUCUUGGUGUACAGAUUUUUGGGGGUAUCGUCAAUGCUGGGAACCCCAAGUUGGAAGCGACGGAGCUUGCUGAGGAUGGUUAUCUGCUCUUCAAUUUCAAUGACUAUCCAAAUGGCAUGGUGACACUUUUUAAUCUGCUAGUAAUGGGAAAUUGGCAAGUGUGGAUGCAGAGCUACAAAAAAUUAACAGGAACUUCUUGGACCCUGGCAUAUUUCAUUAGCUUCUACCUGAUAACCGUUCUUUUGCUUCUGAAUUUGGUUGUAGCUUUUGUCCUGGAGGCAUUCUUUACUGAAAUGGACCUUGAAACAUCAGAAACAUGCGAAGAGGAAAAGGAAGAGGGAGCUGGAAAGGAACGACGCCGAUCUCUUGGCACAAAAACUCGUAGUCAGAGAGUUGAUAUUCUUCUCCAUCAUAUGUUGAGUGCUGAGCUGGAUCAAAAGGAAUCGGCCAAUCCAUAAGUUCUCAUUUAUUAUUUUCGGGAGUUCCUGCUGCUUCACUGGAAAAGCAUUCAUGAUGAGAGAUCAGAAUGCUCGUUUGCGCCUGUGGCAAAGUGCCCCUUGUCAUUAGGUUGGACGCUUUAGGCUGGGAUAAAAGUUCUACUAGAGGGGGCCAGGUAAUUCAGAGGAUGGGCACUUCCUUGGAUCUGAACAUACAAUUUGCGUGAACUUUAACUUUUUUAUGUGGUCUUCGUCCGGAUGUGUAUUAAACUUAUCUUCCACUAGCUCGUUAUCAUCUCUCAUGAUGAUUUCAAGCAUUUUCAGAUGUAGCUAUGAAUUGAGCAGUUUGGUCAUUGGUGUAGCUAGGAUUAGGGUCGCCAGAUUCUGCAUUUUGAUUUAAAUUUGCAAUUUUAGUUCCUUUUAACAGGGUAGAGGGAAAGAUGACUUGUCAGGAAUCUCAAAGCAGUCAAGCUGGCUUUUCCCAGUGUCCUUGUUUGUUUGGCCUUAUCUUCAGUCAACCCCCUAAAACGCUCAUUUUUCUGCC